UCAUGAUUAUUUGUGCAUCCUUGUUUCCUUUCCUCGCAUCUUAGCUCCAACACCCUUACGAUAUGAGGGAAGGAUGCAAUCAAAAGAACGGUUAUUUGUGCAUUUGAAUACUCAUGACCACUCAAGCUGUGGUAAAGGGAUUUGCCCUUAUACAGUGGUAUGCCAAAGUUUGGGCACCCCUGUAAAUUUUCAUCAUUUUCCUUUAUAAAUCAUUGGUUGUCUGGAUAAGAAAUUUCAGUUAAAUAUAUCAUAUAGGAGACAAACAGUGAUAUUUGAGAAGUGAAAUAAAGUUUAUAUGAUUUAUGGAAAGUGUGCAAGAAUUAUUUAAACAAAAUUAGGCAUGUGCAUAAAUUUAGGCACCCUUGUCAUUUUAUUGAUUUCAAUACCUGUAGCACUAAUUAUUAGAACUCAAAAUUGGUUUGGUAACCUCAGUGACCCUUGACCUCCAUACACAGGUGAAUCCAAUCAUGAGAAAGUAUUUAAAGGAGGCCAAUUUUAAGUGUUUCUCCUCUUUGCAUCUUCUCUAAACAGUGGCAACAUGGGAGCCUCAAAACAACUCUCAGAUGACCUGAAAACAAUGAUUGUUGAACAUCAUGGUUUAGGGGAAGGAUACAGAAAGCUGUCUCAGAGAUUUAAGCUCUCAGUUUCAACUGUGAGGAACAUUGUGAGGAAUUGGAAGACCAGAGGCAUAGUUUUAGUUAAGGCCAGAAGUGGCAGACCAAGAAAAAUCUCAGAUAAGCAGAGGCGCAGGAUGGUGAGAACAGUCACAGUCAACCCACAGACCAGCUCCAAAGACCUACAACAUCAUCUUGCUGCAGAUGGUGUCACUGUGCAUCGUUCAACUAUUCAGCGCACUUUACACAAGGAGAUGCUGUAUGGACGAGUAAUGCGGAAAAAGCCUUUUCUCUGCACACGCCACAAACGGUGUUGCUUGAGGUAUGCUAAAGCACAUUUGGACAAGCCAGCUUCAUUUUGGAAUAAGGUGCUGUGGACUGAUGAAACUAAAAUAGUUAUUUGGGCAAAACAAGGGGCGUUAUGCAUGGCGGAAAAACAACACAGCAUUCCAAGAAAAACACUUGCUACCUACAGUAAAAUUUGGUGGCGGUUCCAUCAUGCUGUGGGGCUGUGUGGCCAGUGCAGGGACUGGGAAUCUUGUUAAAGUUGAGGGUCGCAUGGAUUCCACUCAAUAUCAGCAGAUUCUGGAGAACAACGUCCAGGAAUCAGUGACGAAGUUGAAGUUGUGCCGGGGCUGGAUCUUUCAACAAGACAACGACCCUAAACACUGCUCAAAAUCUACGAAGGCAUUCAUGCAGAGGAACAAGUACAACAUUCUGGAAUGGCCAUCUCAGUCCCCAGACCUGAAUAUUAUUGAAAAUUUGUGGUGUGAUUUUAAAGCGGGCUGUCCAUGCUCGGAAACCAUCAAACCUGACUGAACUGGAGAUGUUUUGUAAAGAAGAAUGGUCCAAAAUACCUUCUGCCAGAAUCCAGACUCUAAUUGGAAGCUAUAGAAAGCGUUUAGAGGCUGUUAUUUCUGCAAAAGGAGGAUGCACAAAAUACUGAGUUAAUUUUUCUUUUGUGGUGCCUAAAUUUAUGCACAUGCCUAAUUUUGUUUAAGUAAUUCUUGCACACUUUCCAUAAAUCAUAUAAACUUUUUUUCAUGAUAUAUUUAACUGAAAUUUCUUAUCCAGACAACCAAUGAUUUAUAAAGGAAAAUGAUGAAAAUUUACAUGGGUGCCCAAACUUUGGCACACCACUGUAUAUAAUAAACAUUAAUAAAGCGAGAUUGGAACAUAUGACGUGUAUGGUGUUAGCAUAUCCUAAUGACUAAUAUCGAAUUUGGAAACGUCCAAAUUAACCUGAAAAAAAUAUGUAACAAAAGAUAGUUAUUUAUAAAUGCAAUAUUACUAUAUACACAAAAAUAACACUUGCAUAGUAUGUGAUUUUUAUUGAUGUGUUAUUAUAGUAUUUUAGUUAUGUUCAGAAAUAGAUUUUAUUUGUGAUGAUCCUGUAGUUUGUCUCAGUCUGUUGACACACAAUGAAAUGUGCUUAAUGUGCCAAUUUACAGAAGAUCUCAGACAUCAUCAUAAUGAAUGAACUAAAAACAGGGAACUGUUGGCUUUUCAUCAGCUCAGUUAAUGAUAGUCUUGUUGUCAGGAGAGAUUAUUUAGUGUAGAUUAAGUGAAAAUAAUGUCAAAUAAGUACAGUAUUAACACAUUAUGUCUGUGAAAAAUCUUCAUAAAACAUAAAAACCCUACAUGUAUGUUUGCAACCAUGAGUUUCCAGCAGGUGGCAGCAAUACACUAAAGUGUUUUCGAGUUUUCCAUACAAAUACAAAAGAGCAAAAACACAACGAGCAGAAGAGAGAAGCGGAGAGUCGAGUGCUGAAAUCUGAGACAUACUAUGGUAAAAAUUGAGUUUAUUAAAAGAGGAGAUUGACGAUAUGAGUGAUCCAGAAUCAUCCAGAAUAAAAUAUGAAGAUACUGAAGAACAAACAGGAACAGAAGUUAAAGAGGAGAUUGAAGACAUGAGUGAUCCAGAACCAUCCAGAAUAAAACAUGAAGAUACUGAGGAACAAACAGGUACAGAAGUUAAAGAGGAGAUUGAAGACAUGAGUGAUCCAGAGCCAUCCAGAAUAAAACAUGAAGAUACUGAGGAACAAACAGAUGAAAAUCAUCAUUUUGACUAUCUUCUACAAAAUAGUGGAUCCUACAUGACAGGUACAGAAGUUAAAGAGGAGAUUGACGACAUGAGUGAUCCAGAACCAUCCAGAAUAAAACAUGAAGAUACUGAGGAACAAACAGACAGGUUUGAAAUUAAAGAGGAGAUUGAAGACAUGAGUGAUCCAGAACCAUCCAGAAUAAAACAUGAAGAUACUGAGGAACAAACAGGUACAGAAGUUAAAGAGGAGAUUGAAGACAUGAGUGAUCCAGAACCAUCCAGAAUAAAACAUGAAGAUACUGAGGAACAAACAGGAACAGAAGUUAAAGAGGAGAUUGAAGACAUGAGUGAUCCAGAACCAUCCAGAAUAAAACAUGAAGAUACUGAGGAACAAACAGGAACAGAAGUUAAAGAGGAGAUUGAUGACAUGAGUGAUCCAGAACCAUCCAGAAUAAAACAUGAAGAUACUGAGGAACAAACAGGAACAGAAGUUAAAGAGGAGAUUGAAGACAUGAGUGAUCCAGAACCAUCCAGAAUAAAACAUGAAGACACUGAGGAACAAACAGACUGGAUGGAAGUAAAACAUCAAAGACAUGAGGUGAAUGAAGUGGAGGAGGAACACUGUAAAAUCACAACUUCAAGGAAAAAAGUGAAACAGCUGCACACCUGCACACAGUGUGGAAAGAGUUACUGCGAAAAAAAAUAUAUUAAGAAGCACAUGAGAAUCCACACUGGACAGAAACCGUACACAUGCCCUCAAUGUGGAAAGAGUUAUACAGAUGCAACUGGACUCAAUUAUCAUCUGCAUGUUCACUCUGGAAAAAAGCCAUUUAGCUGUGAUCAGUGUGAUAAAAAGUUUAUUUCAUCAUCAAGUCUAAAAAAACAUCUGAAAGUUCAUUCAGAUGAGAAGCCUUACUUGUGUUCUUCCUGUGGAAAGAGUAUUAAAAGUCUGCAAAGUUUUAAACAGCACCAGAAAACACAUAAUGAAGUGAGAGAUCAUAUGUGUUUUAAGUGUGGGAAGAGCUUUACUACAGCUGCCUGUCUGAAACAGCACCAAAGGAUUCAUACUGGAGAAAAACCUUACAAGUGCUCAUACUGUGACAGGAGUUUCACUCAGUCUGGAAACCUGAAAUCACACGAGCGAGUUCACACUGGAGAGAAGCCGUACCACUGUACUCAGUGUGGGGAGACUUUCCAGUAUAGAUCAGGUCUCAAAAAUCAUCUUCACAUUCACUCUGAAAAGUCAUCAUUUAGCUGUGAUCAGUGUGGUAAAAAGUUCAUAUAUUCAUCGCAACUAAAAACACACCUGACAGUUCAUUCAGAUGAGAGGCCUCAUGUGUGUUCCUACUGUGGAAAGAGUUUUUCAAGGCUGGAUCACUGUAAAGAGCACCAGAAAACACAUGAUGAAGUGAAAGAUCAUGUGUGUUGUGAGUGUGGGAAGAGCUUUACUAAAGCUGACUUUCUGAAACGGCACCAAAGAAUUCACACUGGAGAAAAACCUUACAAGUGCUCACAUUGUGACAUGCGGUUUAGUCACUCUGGAAAUCUGACAAGGCACAAGCGAGUUCAUACUGGAGAGAAGCCGUACCACUGUACUAAGUGUGGAAAGAGUUUCAGUCGGUUAGCAGAUCUAAUGAUUCAUAUUAAAAAGCAUUGUUCUGUGUUAGAGUGAACAAAUGUUUUCUACAUCAAUAUUUAGUUAACUUAUUUAGUUAAUAUGAGAUUGGCUCAAAUAAACUAGUUUUGCUGUGAAAUGACAAGAUCUGUGGAGAAGCAAAAGUAUUUAGUCAUUUUAGUCUUACAUUGAUGUUUUUUUAUUCUUUGAUUGAAUGUCUGCUCAUUAAUACACUGAUAAAGAAACACUUAAAUUAAAAAAUGUGACAAAACCCAACAACCAGUCAUUUGUCAGUUUAUGAAACAAUUCCCCCAAAGACUUUCUGACCUUCUUUGUUGCAUAAUUUCAAUGUUUAAAUUAUAAAUGCAAUACUAUUAUAUGCAAUAUAAAAGUUGCAUACAGGAUCUGUAAUGAUGCAAAUAAAAUGUAUAU